CUCAGUCGUGGCUAGGAUCUCAAGGAUCUCAAGGAUCUCAAUUCACUAUUAACCGGCCAAGUUUCGUCCCUCGGCAGUCUCCGAAUCUACCCGCGUACGAUAUCGGUCCGGUACGCCAUUGUGGCGUCAAACAGCUGGAACCAGAUUGCCGACAUCGAUUCCAUCCAGAUCAAAUAAAUUAUCCGAGCUGAGAUACGAACGGAAUUCCAAGUCAUGCACCGAUGAGAAAAGUUGGAUUUACAAAUUUAAAAGAGCAAGGGAGCGUCGGACUCAGCCGAAGAUGGCGGACGGCCAGCCACACCCCAAACCGGACAAGGGGAAAAGCAGAGAGGCAGUCAGUGAUGGGAGCAAUUCAGGGCCGAGUGAGAGUAUGGCUUCGAAGGUGGUGAAUUCGGCAGCGGUUUUGGCGAGGGAUCUCGUUUUCUCCAACGCCGAUUCGGGGUCAACGCUGCAGCAAGCAACAUCGGCUGGGAAGACGUCAACAUCGGGGACGAGAGGGACGACAUCGACUCACGCAUCAGGGCAGACAAAUGGACCUUCAACGGAGUAUUCAACACAGGCGGGGCCAGCGCAAGCGGCCGAGAGUUUUCGAACACCAAUAGCCCAACCCGUGUUACAGAACGAGGAAUUCGAUCAAUUCGCGUCGCUACGAGGAACCAGUCUGCUCCAGGAAACCCGCAGCUCUUCCAGAUCCUCAUGGUCUCAGGAGUUUCGACAGAGCCGUGCUGUCCUCCCCACCGAUUUCCGCGCCGCCCACCAACUCCCCGACGACGGCGCCGAAGUGGCGCUGCUCCUCUCCGAUCCCACGUUCCACGCCUACGAAGUGGACGAGGGGUUCUCGCAGCCGGAGGACCCCUCAGAAGCGACGAUGAACGACCUGUUCGGCACGGCUUUCAACACCGAGCAGCAGCAGGCCGCGGCCUCGAUGCGUGCGCAGCUGCCUCCUGCGCCCGUGCAUGGAGUCGUGUUGCCGCACAAUCCAUUAAACCUCGUCCCACAGUUCGAUAACCUCAAUCUGGGAACUUCCUUCGACCCAGAUAUGCAGCUGUUCGGUCCCCAGCAAAGCAGCAUGACCCAAGCCGAACCUGCCACUGACGGAGACGAGACAGCCCCCUCGGAACGGCAGCGAUUCCUCACCGACUGGAGCGACGUGUUGAACGCUUACACCGACGAAGUUUGGGGCGACCUGCUCCCCGUCAUCCGCGCCGCCCGCGAGCAACUCGAGGAGUUGACGGGCACGGAAUCGACGGACUUCGAGAAGAAAGUGGUACCGCGGUUACGGAUGAUCCUCGGGCAUCUGAACCAGACGGAGUUCCUCGACAAGGAGUUUCGAUCGCUGGGGCAGGGACAGGAGCGCGAGGGCGCUCAGACGGGCGCGAGUGAACAGGUUCGCGGUUCACCGGUGUAUAAAUCUAGGGAGGUUGUGAAGCAGGAAGAUGGGGAGAUGGUGGUCGGGAAGGAGGAGGGUCAUGGGCAAGACAGGUACAAUUGGUGGCCCGGAAAAUAAUGUCCAUACGGAUCGGAAUGACGGCAACAGGUCGAGCAUCUUCGGAAACCGCCCGCACGUUGGAUGUGGCGGUGAUGGUCGACUGAGAUGGUGUACAAUACUAAAAAUGAGUGUGAUCUCAAAAUGUUCAGUUAUGACCCCUAGCCCAUCGACGCGUCAAAUGCGUUUAUGUACAGG